ACGUUCUGCAAGCGCUAAGGGAAGGCGGGGGGUGCACGUUUAGGGACGGACGGUGAGAAAAGCAGCUCCCGCGGUCUCUCCGUUUUGGCAACCAGGCCGUGGGUCAAGUUUCGGCUUCUGGAGGCAGCGGUCGGUCUGGGCGAGGGACACAGACCCGGAUUCGCAUCCUGACAGGGCCCUGACCGGCCAACCGACGUUGGCCGAGGUGACGACGCUCCUCGGCACCCGCACCUGCCCUCUGCAGGGUACCCCGCCACUCGCUCCGAGCGUCCGUGAGGCCGGACUCUUGGGUGCCAGGGCUCCUGGGCGCCGGGGCCAUGUUUCCCAGGGUCGCUCUCAGUGACGCACCAACCGGAAGUGACCAUGUUGUGGCGGAAGGAGGCGCUUUCUGGGAGUAGCUGGUGCUGAGUGAACCGUGGCCGGUAAAGAUGAUUCAGGCGAUUCUGGUUUUCAACAACCACGGGAAGCCGCGGCUAGUCCGCUUCUACCAGCGUUUCCCAGAGGAAAUUCAACAGCAGAUUGUUCGAGAGACUUUCCAUCUAGUCCUCAAGCGAGAUGACAACAUUUGUAACUUCUUGGAGGGUGGAAGUUUGAUUGGUGGCUCUGACUACAAACUGAUCUACCGGCACUAUGCUACCCUCUACUUUGUAUUUUGUGUGGAUUCGUCGGAGAGUGAACUUGGAAUCUUGGACCUCAUCCAGGUUUUUGUGGAGACUCUGGAUAAGUGUUUUGAAAAUGUGUGUGAAUUGGAUUUGAUCUUCCAUAUGGAUAAGGUGCACUACAUCCUCCAGGAGGUGGUGAUGGGUGGGAUGGUGUUGGAAACAAACAUGAAUGAAAUUGUGGCUCAGAUUGAAGCUCAAAACAGGCUGGAGAAAUCCGAGGGUGGCCUUUCAGCAGCCCCUGCACGGGCCGUGUCUGCAGUGAAAAACAUCAACCUGCCUGAGAUUCCUCGGAACAUCAACAUUGGCGAUCUCAACAUUAAAGUUCCCAACCUGUCCCAGUUUGUCUGAGGGUCAAGGAUUGGGUUGAAAUUGAGUCCUUAAGGCAAGCAAAGAUGAGCACAUCUGGAAACAGAACCCAUUUUGAGCCUUAGAAGAGGGAAGCCUCAGAUCCCAGAACCUUUGUGUCUGGGGAAGACUGUUUGACAUGGAAUGGGGAUGGGAUUCCUGUUGACUCAGUUCUCACAUGUGCAGCCAUGCCGCUCUCUGAUGCACACACAGCCACUGCAGAUGUGAGGGGCCCUGCGUUCCUCAGCAGGAAGUCAGCAUGCCCAAGCCACUUGGACCUUUACCUCUCACACGGACGCUCCCAAGGGAGUGUCCUGCUUCCCAGAACCUCCUCACUAGGGCUGAGCCCCUUCUCACUAGAGUCUUCAUCCUUAGCACCACAGGCUUCUGAGGUCCCGUGGCCUUCCCUUGCUGGUGAGGGGUCAUAGGUAGGUAGAAAAGGGCUGGCCCUACAGAUCUGGGGAUGUGGUGAGUGGCAAGUAAGGACAGGAUUUUAGGAGAACCAGAGUCACCCUCUGGCUAUACUGAGAUUGUUAUACUCAGAAUCCUUUUGUUUCUUUGAGAUAAAGUCUUGCUCUGUUGUCCAGGCUGGAGUGACAGUGGCAGGAUCUCAGCUCACUGGAACCUCCACCUCCCGGGUUCAAGCAGUUCUCCUGCCUCAGCCUUCCCAGUAGCUGGGAUUACAGGAAUCCACCACCAUACUUGGCUAAUUUUUGUACUUUUAGUAGGUACAAGGUUUCACCAUGUUAGCCAGGCCGGUCUCGAACUCCUGACCUCAAGCGAUCCAGCUGCCUCAGCCUGCCAAAGUGCUGGCGUUACAGGCAUGAGCUUCCAUGCCUGGCCUCCAGAAUCCUCUUGUAUCACUAUACCUUUUGAUUACCACCUCAUGAAGAAGACACUUCGUGCACUGUCCCAGUCUGUGCAGGACACAAUCCAAAUCAUAAAGCUAGCACAGGCCCACCACAUUCCUGCUAAUAGGGGGAGGGACCCUCCACAAGCACACAUGCCAGGGCUUCUCCUCACAGAGGAGAGGUCCUGUGACUGUAGAACGUUAAAGCUGACAACAUGUGGAACAUCCCAGAAUUAUGACUCUUCCCCAGUUUAAAAUACAUUCUCCUCA